AUGUUGACAUUUCGCCGAUGUGUUUCUAUUGGUUUGGCCUUUCUCUGCAGCGUCUUUGCCACUUUGCCCAGUGCAGAAGUGGAAGCUUUGCGCGAGAUCUUUCAAGUGGCAAGCCUGCCCUGGGAGCAGGGGCAGGACCCAUGCGGCCUUCCUCAAGUGCAAUGCGAUAAGGGCAACCAGACCACAGAAUCGUUGAUCCUUAAUUCACUGAAACUGACUUGGCUGUCUGAUUCGAUUGGACGGUUGCAGUCCCUUGAAAGCUUGCAUUUGCAAGACAAUCAGCUAAGGUCGCUGCCAGAGUCCAUUGCGCAAUUGAAAUCCCUAGCAGUGCUGUUUUUGAACGGCAACCAGUUGACUGCUUUGCCGGUGUCCGUUAGUCAGUUGCCAUCCUUAAGGGAGCUUUGGUUGGAUAACAAUUACCUGACCAUGCUCCCAGACUCCGUUGGACAGAUGAAGUCACUGACAUCCCUGUACCUGAAAUCAAAUCAAGUGACUUCCCUACCCGAAUCUAUGGGACAGCUGCAGCUGUCGAUUUUGGAUUUGGACGGCAAUCAGUUGACCAUGCUACCAGAGCCCUUGACGAAUUUGCCGCUGAAGUACCUCCUCUUAGCGAGCAAUCAGCUGAUGUCACUGCCGGAAUCCAUUGCAGCGCUGCAAUCGCUUCAGGUGUUAAGGUUACCCUCCAACAAGUUAACGUCCUUGCCGGAGACCAUUUCGCAGUUGCAAAACCUUAUAAACCUGGAUCUUCACAACAACCGGCUUGCUUCACUUCCAGACUCUAUAGGUAACUUGAAAGCUCUGCGAGUCCUGAGUUUAGAUUCCAAUCGAUUGAACUCAUUGCCCGAGUCCAUUGCCAAUUUGAGUCGUCUAGGAAGUUUGUUCCUAGAUUCGAAUCGUUUGACAUCAAUACCGCAUCUAAUGUCGCCGUACUUGCUGGAAUUGAGAGUUGCCAAGAAUCGGCUCAGCAUUCCACCGGAUUUGGGUCAAAUGAUGCGGUUGCACGUGCUUUCCCUGCACAACAACUUCUUGGAAAGACUUCCUCCCCAAAGUUUGACCAGCUUGAAGCACUUGAAAGUUGCGUUGCUUCAUUCUAAUCGGAUCCGUGAACCUACUGAGAUUUGUCAACUUGGACAAGGUCUUCGAUUGGAAACACUCUACUUGCACAGCAACGCCCUGAGAGGAAAAAUACCCCCAUGCUUGAGUCAAUUCAAGUCCUUGGAGGUUUUAACCUUGCACCGCAAUGCCUUAACUGGAGAAGUGCCCAAAAGUCUUCUUGGGCUUCCGAAUUUAGGUGUUCUCACCCUGCAUGGGAACAGACUCUAUGGCAAUCUUCCGCUAGAGCUGGCAACUGCGCCAAAGUUGUUUUUUUUCUCAGCGCACUCGAACCGUUUUGAAGGUCCCAUCCCACCAUUACACCUUCGCAAAGACUGUGUCAAUGACGAAUCUUUCCUGUCUGACUUCGACUCUUGUGAUGACUUUACUGUGUCAGGCUUGUGGGCAUUGGAAUGUCGCAGUGCGGAAAUUGCACUGCGAUGUCCCAAGGCGUGCGGAAUGUGUGACAAUGCCAGUGCCCGGGGUCCUGUUUUGCUGCUGCACGACAAUCGGCUGUCAUGCACCUUGCCGGAAGAAGUGACAGGCUGGCCCAAAGACGUGCGUUCAAUCUCCCUGGUUGGAAACAUGUUUCUUCUUCAAAUGGGUGGCAUUUUGUCAGCUGUGGCAAUGUUUUUGCUUGUCCUCUACCGCGCAGAUGCAACUUAUUACUUGUGCGGCAGCAGCUUCUCAUCAAUUACAGUGAGCAAUUUUUCGAAGCCCUACCGUGGCCAUGCGUUGAUCGAAUGGGCGUUGGCAAUUCUGUGGGCUGUCUGGAUUGCAGUCGGAGCAUUUUUUCUGAGACAUGCUCCCACACCUAGGGUGGCCAUGGUAGGAGAAGCAAUGUCCUGGUUGGAAUGCUUCCUGAAAUUUGUUUACAGUUGCUGUUGGCUGUGCGUCGUGGCUGUGUUAUCAUUCCCCUCUGUGGCCUAUGCUGUAGUAAGUGCCAUCCCGCACAACAAUACCAUGCAGCUGUCUGCUUGGUGGCUACAGUUCUUCCACUAUCAAGCUGCUUUGGUCAUGGUCUUGGUGGACAUGUUCAUCACUCCCAAAGCAGUUGCAUUUUUUGCAGAUGCCACCGGCAUGCGAAGAUCCAUGUUAUUCAUGGCGGCGCGUUUGGGGACCAUGUGGUUGGCCGCAGUGCUGAGCACCAUCUAUUUGACCACGCAUUGUAUGAACGGCUGGACCCAGUUGUGGAAGGUUUGUGAUGACAGCACGGAAGACUACAAGCUCUUCAACAUCAGUCUGGGUGACAACCCGAUUCUUGAGCCCAAAGCGGACCUUUGCUCAGCAAAGGAGUCUUGGUGGAGUGACAGUGCGUGUCCACGAGCCGUGGUCAACACCAUGGCACCUCUGCUGGUAUCGAAGAUGGUCACCCGUGCCUUCCUACAGCCUCUCAUCACCUUGCUUAGGUGGCAAAUGUCAUAUCCCGAAGGUGGACAGCUCUACAUGUUGCGCGGUCUAAUCUGUACCAGUCGUUCAUUGGAACCUGGGCAGCAGGCAAGUUUGUUGGUGACUUGGGCUGAAGUAGCUUUGCUGUGGGGAGCCUUUGUGCCUGUUCUGCUGCCAUCAGUGCUUUUGGCAACUGGAGCCAACAUGUUGAUGUGCAAAGUGGGGCACGGCCACUUUGGCGUGGAGCAUUUGGCCCGGGACAAGGCAGCAACCGGGAUGUCCCGAAGGUAUUUGCACGGCAGCUUGUGUGUCUUAGUGUGCUUCCAGAAUUGGUUUGCCUGGUCCAGUGGCAUGCAUGGCCGGUGGCUGCUCCUGCUGAUUGCGUUGAUUUAUGCACUUGAGCUGGGAGGUUUUCUGAGUUUUUGGCCUGAUCAGAGACGCAGCAGGGUUGCCAUUUUAGAUGACAACCCUCCAGAUCCACGGGUUUUUGCGAAGUCCAUGAAGCACAUGGAGACGAAGUCACAGGAUGACCAAACAGUGGACGAUGAUAUCACGUCGGUGGAUACAGAACUGGACUAUUAUGAACACCCGGGAGACGGGGUGCCUGAGCUAUGUCAGCCGGUCGCAUUUGCCUUCUUUUGUGUAGAGUGCCAUGAUGGCCGCACACUCCGUUUGCAUCUCAUUGGGCGCAACAUCACUUCGCUCCCAGAGUCCAUUGGAUUCAAUCAGUUGGUGUCUUUGCCCGAGACCAUUGGGAGUUUGCGAUCUUUAUCAUCGCUGGACUUGACUGACAACAAACUCACGAGACUUCCUGAUUCACUUGGGCAGUUAGUGCGGCUGCAUGCCCUUUACGCGGGGUCAAAUCAUUUGACCGCUUUGCCGGAGUCCUUCAACCAGCUGAGGCAGCUGAAUUUUUUGAAACUUGAAUCCAAUCUCUUGACACAGCUGCCUGAAUCGCUGGGUGGGAUGCACUGGCUGGAGCACUUCGACCUAGACAAGAACCAGCUCACUUCAUUGCCGGAGUCACUCGGAGACUUGGAUAAUCUCCGCACGCUGAGCUUGGGGUUGAACAAGCUGACCUUUUUGCCUGGAGCGGUCUCAAAGUUGCGGAAGCUGGUGGACUUGAAUGUGCGGAACAACCAGCUUGCAUCGCUUCCAGAUUCAGUCGGCAACCUGAGCAACUUGCGUGUUUUGACUUUGGACUCCAACCGCUUGAGCUCAUUGCCCGAGUCUGUGGGAAGCCUGCGCUUGAUUACCUUGCGCUUAAAUUCGAAUCGUUUGACAUCCAUACCUCAUCUCAGCUCCCCCCACUUGGUUAUACUGAGGGUCGCCAAGAACAGGCUGAGAAAUUUGCCCGACUUGCGUGGCAAGACAAAAUUACGUGUGCUUUCCGUGCAUCACAACCGUUUGGAAACGCUUUCCCAAAGCAGUGGUGGCUUGAAAGCCUUGAACGUUGUGCUGCUUCAUUCCAAUCGAAUCCAUGACUCUACGGAGAUUUGUCGUAUUGGAAUUGUUGAUUUGAAAGUACUUUACUUGCACGGCAACGCCCUGAGAGUCAUACCACCGUGCUUGAGUCAGCUCAAGUCUUUGGAGGUUUUGACCCUGCACCGCAAUGCCUUAACAGGAGAAGUGCCUGGAAGACUUUUUGAGCUUCCGAAAUUGAAUGUUCUCACCCUCCAUGGGAACAGAUUGCACGGGACUCUUCCUCAAGAGUUGGCGACUGCGCCAGGGUUGUUUUUUUUCUCUGCUCACUCGAACCGCUUGGCAGGUCCAAUUCCAUCCUUAAAUCUCCAUCAAGAUUGCGUCGACGAUGCGUCUUUCGUUAGGGAGACGACAACAUGGUGGGAUUGGUUCCUGAAGUUCGUCUACAGCUGCUGCUGGUUCUGCAUUGUGGCUGUCCUGUCUUUACCUUCUGUGGCCUUUGCACUUGCUUGGUGGGUGACGUUUUUCCACUACCAAGCAGCUUUCGUCAUUGUCCUGGUGGACAUGUUCAUCACCCCUCAAGUAGUGGCCAUGUUUUCAGAUGCCACUGGCAUGCGAAGAUCCAUGUUAUCCACUUCGGCGCGUUUGGGGACUAUGUGGUUUGGGGCAGUGCUGAGCACGGUCUAUCUCACCACGCAUUGCAUGAACGGCUGGACCCAGUUGUGGAACGUUUGUGAUGAAAACACGGAAGCCUACAAACUCUUCAACAUCAGUCUGGGUGGCAACCCGAUUCUUGAGCCCAAAGCGGACCUUUGCUCAGCAAAGGAAUCUUGGUGGAGUGACAGUGCGUGUCCACGAGCCGUGGUCAACACCAUGGCACCUCUGUUGGUGUCAAAGAUGGUUUCCCGUGCCUUCCUGCAGCCCCUCAUCACCUUGCUCAAGUGGCAGCUCUCCUAUCUUGAUCGAGGAAAGCUCUACAUCUUGGGUAGCGGCGGUUGGAUGUGUACCAGCGGAUGCUUAGGGCAUGCAUCGCAGGCAAAUUUGCUCGUGACGUUGGCUGAAGUAGCUUUGCUAUGGGGUGCCGUGGUGCCUGUUCUGCUACCUGCAGUGCUUUUGGCAACGGGAACCAACAUGUUGAUGUGCAAAGUGGGGCACGGACACUUUGGUGUGGAUCGUCUUGAUACGGCUGCGACCGGGAUGUCCCGAAGGUAUUUGCACGGCAGCUUGUGUGUCUUAGUAUGCUUUCAGAACUGGUUUGCUUGGUCCAGUGGCAUGCAUGGCCGAUGGCUGCUUCUGCUUACUGCAUUGAUCUAUGUGCUUGAGCUGGGCGGUUUUCUCAGCUUUGGGUAUGUUCAGACACGCAACAUGGUGGCCAUUGUGAAUGACCGCUGCCCACCUUCCAAUGGUGAUAACGAUGUGGAGAUGAUUCGCGGUAAGGCAUCCAACCACGGUCUACGAGUACACGGUGCCAGCCGCAGUGAGUCAUGA